AUGCAAAGUAAGUUAUGUAUACGGUUUGUUAAUUUGGCUUUUGAAGAAAUGAAACAAAAACAUCUGAAAAAUGAACUUUUAAUGUUAUUUUAAUUUAAAAUUUAAAAAAUUAGCAAUCGAUGCUGGUCAAUUAAUUAUGGGUCAGAGAGAAGAGGCCCAAAAUGAAAUAACCUCAAGAAAUUGGUACAAAGUUACCUGUCUUUUUUAACUUUAUUUUCUAAUUUUCAUUCUAAGAAUCCGUAGACAACAUAACUUAUUCCAAAUUUUAGAAUUUGGGCCCGGAUGGGAAUCACGGACUUUAGUUGGAUUUGUCAAUUCAGAGGAGAAAAACGUGACCGUUCACGAUAUAAUGGCAUCAUGGAGAGAUCCAUUUGACUUUAACAUUGUAAUUUAUAAUGUGAGUUUAACACAGGGAUUUAUUAUUAAGUACAAGGCCUGUCAGCACAGAUAAUGUACUUACCGUAGGACGGGGGGGGGGCUCGUACGUAUAGCUGGAUGUUGUGGAACUUGCCGUUGGGAAGGGCUCGGCAUAGUACUAAAUGUCUUUUAGUGGUAUAUCUUAAGGCCGAGAAAGAACGGAAAGAGAACCGUUCAUAGUUAUGUUCUUAUAAUUUCAAAAAUUUCAGAGCACCGCCAAGUCUGUUGAAAGAACGAUACCUCUAAAACAAGAAGCUACUUUUGAAUACAUUGUCACUUUAAAAUGGACUUGUAAAAGCCAAAGAUACGGUCUUAUCAUAAACCUUAACUAUACCGACUCGAGGGGAAAACACCUUGUUGACACUGCCUUUAAUGGUACCGUAAUGAUCCAAGAACUUCAAAGGCCUUUCUGUUUAAAAACUGCUCUUUGUACGCUUGUUGUUUUUGUCGCUGGCACAUUUGCUGCGAUGAAGUUUCUUGAAGCUCUCGCCAGGGUACGUUUUUUAAUUUUAAUAUUAUAGUUGAAAGUGUUGAUUAUCGAAAACUUUUUUGACCCAGCCCUUGAGGUUGUUGUUGCCGGCUUGGCACGGCUUGUUAUGAACACUAGGAAAAGCAGAAAGAAAGUGGAGAAGCGUCUACAUACCGUCCAUUCUAUCUCUUUAUUGUUAUGUCGAUGUUAUAUAAAACUUAUUUUCAAAAAUUUCAGCUCGAUGACGGGUCGUCGCCACCAACUUGUGCAGAAUGGGUGCAACAACUUGACAGACCCCCAUACACCAGCGGGUUUUUAAGUAAAAUAUGUACGUGCAACAAAAAGUAUAGACCACGUGUGUAAAACCUUUAUCAAGUAAAUAUUAAUAUUAUGUCAUGGGAACGGUUUUUUAAAAUACGAAUUCAAUACUUUAUGAUUAUGAACGUUGGUCGGUCGGAUUACGGUAGUUAACAGUAAUUCUAAACACAAGUUUUGAAUUACGAUAUUAUUCAGUAGAUUUGUUGAAAAGUGUAAAAAGGCUAAUUCGCUGUAUUGUGCAAAAUUUUUUUAAAAUAGAAAAUCAUUCCCUGAAGGUAUUUGUAGUUACAAAUUCGAGAAUUCAAAAAUAGCAAACUGUUGUUCAUUUUAGAGAAGGGCAAGCAAAGCUGGCAAUGGCUGAAGAAGUAA